AUGAAGACCAUUUCCAUCAUUCUUGCUUUCGUCGCAUCUGUUGCGGCCCAGGGCACCUUUGGCGAUCUAGUAUCAUGCCGGCUUGACGCAUCGUUCGGUACUGUCUACAUUACAGACCGAGCCCUAUGUAAUGGUGCUCGUGGAAAUCCCGUCGCCGGUCAAUGUUGUGUUCGAUCUUUUGAGGAGGCUGGCGCAUACCGUCGCCUAUGUGGAGAGCGAGUUGACCAAGCGUCUGGAAGAAGGGCGUAUGUUGAGGUUGUCAAAUCGGAGACCCGCUGUUAG